AUAUAUAAAAGCUAGAAGGUUUCCCACUAUCAGACACAGUGCACAGUUCUAGUCCGCUAAGAUAAGCCGCUUCUAAGCCCAAGCCGUGCAGUUAGGCCCCGAGUCCUCAGCCUUGCAGCCUUUUUUUUUGUUCUUUAGUGAUACCAACCUCCAAACAAUGAAAUCGUUCAUCGUGAUCGCCCUCGCCCUGGUCGUAGCCGUUGCCGCCCAGAACAAAUACACCAGCAAGUACGACGGCGUGGACAUUGACGAGAUCCUCAAGUCCGACCGGUUGUUCAACAACUACUACAAGUGCCUCCUGGACCAGGGCCGUUGCACACCGGAUGCCAACGAGCUGAAGCGUAUCCUGCCGGAAGCCCUCAAAACGAACUGUGAAAAGUGCAGCGAAAAGCAGCGCGAAGGAGCCACCCGGGUCAUCAACUAUCUGAUCGAAAACCGCAACCAACAGUGGCAGACCCUGCAGGCCAAGUUCGACCCGGAGAACAUCUACAUCAACCAGUACCGCAACGAAGCCCGCGCUGCUGGAAUUAAGAUCUAAGUUAGGACCCCCCAAGCCUCAUCUUGUGCCGCCCCCUCAAUCCCAUUCAAUCAUCAGAACAACCUCCCCCAAACAAUGAGACCAAAGUUCCACAUGUGCGGUCGAUUGGAAAUCCUCCUCAGCUAUUGAGAGUGGUUUUAAAGUCGGCGCGUGCGGAAACGAAAUUGAAAGCGUUAAUAAAUAUGCAAAACGUUUAAGUUUUUA